AUGGCCCACAACCAUCAACAACGCCCAUCCGGCCCGCCUCCUCCAGAACCACAUGGAGGGCCUCCAGCUUUGCCAUUAGAGUGCCCACCAGGCGACGACUACCCGAUUGAGUUGUUCAGCCUCCUGGAAUCUGAAGACACGAUGAGAAAACACGGCUUCGUUAUGGAGCCGCUUACAAUGGCGGACAUCAAAGGGAAGGCCAGAUGUAAAGACUGCAACCAGUCAAUGCUCAACCUCACAAAGGACCUAAAAAGGCAGCAAAAACUACGCCGCGCCAACCCAUUUCCGCCCCCACCAAAGAGGUUCUGGGACCCAUUUCCCACAAUCCUGAUACCAAAGGGAAAAGGCAGAUAUGAUUCAACAGAAUGCGCGGUAGAGUGCAGCUCCCACCCAGGGACAAUGGACCGGGCUACGAGGUGCUUUACUUGUUGUCAUGUCCCUGUAACUGAAGCCAAGCCAUGCGUCAACAGCCACGUGCAUGAAUUACGCUAUUAUGCGCCUGGAGAACUCAUCCGUAUACAUCAGUAUCACUAUACGCCAGCAGUCCAUCCAGAAGGCCUGGCAUUCCGCGCUGCUGUCGCCAUUGACUGCGAGAUGGGAACUGCCAUCUCGGGAGACAGUGAACUCAUUCGCCUGACCGCCAUUGAUUACCUGACUGGCGAAGUUCUCAUCAACAACCUUGUUCAGCCCGACCAGCACAUGUUGCACCUCAACACAAAAUUUUCUGGGGUCACGUUUCUGCAGCUAAACGAAGCCAAGAGGAAAAAGACUUCUUUAAGAGGCAAGGCUGGCGCGAGAGAAGCACUAUGGAGAUUUGUCGGCCCACAUACUGCGCUGGUGGGUCAUGGUUUGAACAAUGAUCUGAGAGCACUGAAAUGGAUCCAUCCAACUGUGGUUGACUCGUUCAUGGUUGAACACAGGAUUGUGCAAGCAAAGAAAAAGGCCGAAAAGGAGGCGGCGGAAGCCGCAGCCGCAGCCGCAACAAAUACAGAAACCUUAGUAGAGGAUCUAGCUGAACAGAUUCUGGAUCUAGAACUAUCCCCACAAACACAAUCUCAGCCAAAGCAGAAGAGAACUAAGGGAACUGGCGACUUGGCGCUCAAGACAUUGAUGAAGAAGUAUAUCAACAGGGAUAUUCAAACACAAGGCAACAAGGGUCAUGAUAGCUUUGAGGAUGCGCUUGCGGCAAGGGAUUUAGUGCACUGGAUGGUUCUGAGGAGACUUGCGGAGAAGGAGGCGUUGGUAGUGUGA